AUGGAGGGACACCCAUCGUACCAAGAGCUCUCAGGGAUUGCGCAAAAGUAUCCGCAAACGGCUGGGUCACUCUUCCAGACGUACAACGACUUGAAGCUAGCGCAACAGUGGGAAGACCUCGAGGUGCUCGACGUCCCAGCCUGUGCGCGCGGUGCGUUCAAGGGCCGACGGCCAAAAACUGACAACACGCUGUACGUCGUCCCCUGCUCGCUGGCCGAGUCGUUGAGCAUCGAGUGGUUUCACCAGGCAUUCAGCGACCUUGGGAGGCCGCCGCACAUUUACCUCGCGAUCUGUGCAGAGGACUCGAAUAUUGUAUACUACAAGCUGAGCCCCGGAAUCAUAAAACCCCCGGUCUAA